AUGAAAACCACAACAUCUUCCCAGACCAUAGAUGUAUUACGUACUGUUUUUGCACGUAAUGGCCUUCCAUCGCAAAUUGUAAGCGACAAUGGACCUCAAUUCACAUCAGAGGAGUUUGCCAAAAUUACCAGAGGAAAUGGUAUAAAACACAUAACCUCAGCACCAUGUCACCCCAGUACUAACGGUUUAGCAGAAAGAUUUGUACAGUCAUUCAAGAUGAGUCUCAAGUCGAGUAAAAAGAAAAGUGGUAGUGUGGUGAAGAAACUAAGCAAUUUUCUUAUGGCUUACCGUAAUGCUCCACAGUGUACAACAAAUGAAAGUCCAGCAAAAUUAUUCAUGGGCGGAAACUUACCAUCUCGUUUAGACCUCAUGAAACCAGAUGUUAGGAGGAAGGUAGAGCAGAAACAGUGUGAAGUGCGCGAAAGAAGAAAAAGUGUGUUGCGUAAAUUCGAACCAGGAGAUUCUGUUGCUGUUCGUGACUACCGAAAGAAUCAUUGUCAGUGGACUUCCGGAACUGUAACAGCUCAGACUGGACCUGUAUCAUAUUCUGUAGAAGUAACACCAGGAGUCACAUGGCGACGUCACGCUGAUCAGUUGCGUUCUUCAAAUGUGCCGAUUCAGGAAAACUUGCAUAUUCAACCUAGUAAUGCAGCUGUGAGUCAACAACCAGUGAAGCCAAACAUCGCGAAACAGAACUCAACCGCGUCCAAUACAGAGCCACAUCUUUUGCAUCCAUCCAAUGAUUACUCAGCUGUGCCAUCUACUCAAGCUGCUCCUGAACCAAGAUAUCCGAGUCGUGUCAGGAAACCGCCCAAACAUCUUGACGAUUAUGUUUAA